AAGAGAAGUUUCCAGGUCUCUCCUCCGACUAGCACCUCCGCCGCCACCCGCCUGUCGUCCGCAUUGUGCUGCCGGGAAAAUGCGUCCUCACCAGGGGCUCACCGCGCUCCGCUGCCCCUCUCCUCACUUCUCACAUAUGUUGAAGAAGUUGAACUGAACAGCAACUGAUCGAUCUAAUUCAACAUGGGGAACGCAGGGAGCAUGGACCAGCACACGGACCUCAGGGGCCACAACAUGCCCCUCAAACUACCUAUGCCGGAUCCGGGGGAACUGGAGGAAAGAUUCGCCAUCGUUUUGAACUCGAUGAAUCUCCCUCCCGACAAAGCUCGCCUGUUGCGGCAGUACGACAAUGAGAAGAAGUGGGAGCUCAUCUGCGAUCAGGAGCGCUUCCAAGUGAAAAACCCCCCUCACACAUACAUCCAAAAGCUGAGGAGUUAUCUUGACCCGGCAGUUACAAGAAAGAAAUUCCGCAGAAGAGUUCAGGAGUCCACCCAGGUGUUGAGAGAACUGGAAAUUUCAUUACGGACCAAUCAUAUAGGGUGGGUGAGAGAGUUCCUCAAUGAAGAAAACAAAGGCCUUGAUGUCCUUGUGGAAUAUCUGUCUUUCGCACAGUACGCUGUCACGUUCGAUGGUGAGUGUGUAGAAAACAGUCCAGAGACACUGCUGGACAAGUCCAAACCUUGGAGUCGCUCCAUCGAAGACCUGCACGGAGGGAGCACACUGUCGUCGCCGCUUAGUGGGAACAGUAUCACCCGUGCGGGCCGCCAUUCAACUUUACGUCUUCUCAUCUGUCUGCCCGUCUUCGACAGCAGGUCACCAAGCUCACUCAACUGUCCAAAGUGUUCUCAAAUCAGACGAUGUAACACGUUUCCCAGCCGUAGGACGCUGAAAAAUUCCAGGCUGGUCAGCAAGAAAGACGAUGUCCACGUCUGCAUCAUGUGCCUGCGUGCCAUCAUGAACUACCAGUAUGGCUUCAAUAUGGUCAUGUCCCACCUAAAUGCUGUGAAUGAAAUUGCACUAAGUCUCAACAAUAAAAACCCGAGAACCAAAGCUCUAGUGUUGGAGCUCCUGGCGGCAGUUUGUCUCGUGAGGGGAGGCCACGAGAUCAUCCUAGCCGCAUUUGACAACUUCAAGGAGGUUUGUAUGGAGGAGCAGCGGUUUGAAAGACUAAUGGAGUAUUUCAAGAACGAAGACAACAACAUUGAUUUUAUGGUGGCCUGCAUGCAGUUCAUUAACAUUGUCGUGCACUCAGUGGAGGACAUGAACUUCCGGGUUCAUCUGCAGUACGACUUUACCAAGUUGUCUUUGGACGAAUUCUUAGACAAAGUCAAGCACACUGAGAGCGACAAGCUUCAGGUUCAGAUCCAGGCCUACUUGGACAACGUGUUUGACGUCGGUGCUCUCUUGGAGGAUGCGGAAACCAAAAACGCUGCUUUGGAGCGUGUGGAGGAGCUGGAAGAGAACAUGUCACACUUGACAGAAAAGCUGCUGGAUGCAGAGAAUGAAGCUAUGGCAAAGAUAGUGGAGCUGGAGAAGCAGCUCAUGCAGACAAACAAGGACCUCGAGGGCAUGAAGGAAGCCUACAAAGACAGCAGUGGAAAGCUCCAGUCACUGCGGCAAAUCUUGAAGGAGAAGGAUGAGGCCAUCCAGCGGCAAAGCCACCUGGAGAAGAAGAUCCACGAGCUGGAGAAGCAGGGCACCAUCAGGAUCCACAAAAAGGGAAACGGGGACAUCUGCAUCCUUCCUCCAACACCGCCCGCCGCCACUGAAGCGUUGACGGGUACCACAGUGGGCGGAAAUUCUGUCGGCGGAAACUGUGUCGGCGUCUACAAUCCGACACACGUGGGAGGUGUGGCGGGUUCUUCGGUGGCUCCGCCUCCUCCGCCGCCACCAUUGCCAGAAAACGCCCCAUUGCCAAACGGACCGUCGGCCACCACUCCUGCGCCAGCGCCUCCGCCGCCUGCCCCUCCGCUGCCGCCACCUCCACCACCACCCCCGCUUCCAACUUCUGCUUCAGACGUGUCAGUUCACUUGCCUCCGCCGCCGCCUCCUGCUGCUCCCCCAUUGCCCGGCUGCGGGACUCCCACUGUCAUCAUCAACUCAGGUUUAGCCGAGGGACCCAUCAAACUAUUCUCUGUUAAGAUUAAGAAACCCAUCAAAACCAAGUUCCGCAUGCCUGUCUUCAAUUGGGUGGCACUAAAACCCAACCAGAUCAACGGAACUGUCUUCAAUGAGAUCGAUGACGAGAAGAUACUUGAGGACCUGAAUGUGGAUGAAUUUGAGGAAAUGUUCAAGACAAAAGCCCAGGGUCAAGCGAUGGAACUGGCUAUGAGCAAACAGGUCAUCCAGAAGGGACCCAACAAGGUGACGCUGUUGGAUUCUAACAGGGCAAAGAACUUGGCCAUUACACUGAGAAAAGUGGGUAAGACGCCUGAGGAGAUUUGCAAAGCCAUUCAGCUCUUCGAUCUGCGUACUCUGCCGGUGGAUUUCGUGGAGUGCUUGAUGCGCUUCCAGCCCACGGAGAACGAGGUGAAGACCUUGCGGCAGUUCGAGAAGGAGCGCAAGCCGUUGGAGAGCCUGACGGACGAGGACCGCUUCAUGAUGCUAUUCAGCAAGAUCGAGCGACUCAUGCAGAAGAUGACCAUCAUGGCCUUUGUCGGCAACUUUACAGAGAGCAUAGUGAUGCUCACGCCGCAACUCCAUUCAGUCAUAGCGGCAUCAGUUUCCAUCAAGUCAUCACAGAAGUUAAAGAAGAUUCUAGAGAUUAUUUUAGCACUCGGAAACUACAUGAACAGCAGCAAAAGAGGAGCCGUUUACGGAUUCAAGCUGCAAAGUUUAGACCUGCUUCUGGACACCAAGUCGACUGAUCGCAAGAUAACACUAUUGCACUACAUUGCUAAUGUAGUGAAGGAGAAAUACACACAGGUGUCUUUCUUUUACAAUGAGCUGCACUAUGUGGAGAAAGCGGCAGCAGUAUCGUUAGAUAACGUCUUGCUGGAUGUAAAGGAGCUGCAAAGAGGCAUGGAGCUGACCAAGAGAGAGUACAGCAUGCACGGCCACAACACUAUGCUCAAGGACUUCAUCGCACACAAUGAAAGCAAGCUGAAGAAGCUGCAGGAUGAUGCCAAGAUUGCACAGGAUGCCUUCGACGAGGCUGUGAAGUUCUAUGGGGAGAGUUCAAAAACCACGCCGCCGUCGGUCUUCUUCCCUGUGUUCGUGCGCUUUGUGAAGGCGUACCGGCAAGCCGAGGAGGACAACGAGCAAAGAAAGCGUCAGCAGCAGCUUCUGAUGGAAAAACUUUUAGAACAAGAAGCCCUGAGGGAGGAAGAGCAAAAGUCUCCAUCACACAAGAACAAAAGGCAACAGCAGGAGCUGAUCCAGGAACUGCGGAAGAAGCAAGUAAAAGACAGCCGCCAUGUGUAUGAAGGCAAAGAUGGAGCCAUUGAGGACAUCAUCACGGAUCUUCGGAAUCAGCCUUACAGGCGAGCGGACGCCGUCCGGCGCAGCGUCCGGAGACGCUUCGACGACCAAAACCUGCGACCGAUCAACAAUGGCGAGGUGGUCGUCUGACGGAAAGACGGACGGAUGUGAAACAGGGAACCGGCACGUGUUUAGAGAGGGAGAGGUAUGGAUUUGACGGACAUUUCAGCAUUUUUAGAUUUCGCUCAGAAUUCACUCGUUGGACCGGACAAGUGUGAUGAAUUAUAUGUCAAAAGUAACGACAACGGCGGUGGCCGAGUGAGGAUAUAGUAGCGGGAUAGACGCAACGUUGCAAGCAGUUUUGAUCGGGAUGAAAAGUGAAUAGACUGUAUGGAAGAGAAUAUACCUAUGUGUGAUAUACAUAUUUAUGUAUGUAUAUAUGUGGAGGACCUGGACUGACUUUUAAUAGAAACAAAAAGUGCCUCAACUUGAUGUGAAGUCUGUUUUUGAAGUGAUCAACUUCAAUUUGAAAAUAAAGAAGAAAAAUGGAUGACCAAGAACUUCAGUAGACUAACUCCGUUUUUGUUGGUCAGCUAAACGAAAGAGAAAAAGGCACAUCCCUCGGAAGAAUACCACUUUAUAUGUGUGUCAAUUCUUCAGCCGCUGAGAACAACACUGGGCUAACCCCAUUUUGAAGUUAAAUGCACGUACGAUGAGACAAAACGGAACAGGAACAGCAAUGAGAUUUGUACUCGUCAGAAUACUAAAGGUGAAUAAUAAACCACUAAGGCCAAUAGUGGGCUAGUUCCAUUUAAUUCUUUAAGAAAUGAAGAUAGAAGCGUGCUUAUUUCAAAUGAUUCCUGGUUAGAAAAUUCACUUGAGCCACUGAGUACAAUGGGCAAGGCAAAUUUUUAGCAGAGUUGAACACGAGGCCGUUCAAAAUGCUUUACAUUGCAUGAAGAGCCACAAAAAGCAAUAAAAUGAUUCGUAAAAAUCAAAUUAAAUCAAAAAGGAAGUUAAAAAAAAGACAGUUGAAAUAGGAUACAUACCGUAUUGGCCCGAAUAUAAGACGGUGUUUUUUGCAUUGACAUAAGACUGAAAAAGAGGGGGUCGUCUUAUAUUCGCGGUCUAGACAUUAUACCCAUUCACGAUGCUAGAUGGCGCCAGAUAUCAUUGAAGCGAUGUUCUGUCAUGGCAGAUCUCAGGUACUCUCAAGUUAACCAGUUUGCAUUAUUUUAUUGCAGUGUUUUUCCUUAUUCAGAUUUGUUUCAAGACUACAAUUACAGUUAGACUUCAUUUUGAUGGUUAAUGCAGUUAAUGCAAUUUUGUUGUUUUAUCACAAUAGAUUGGUUUAUGUACAUUUCAAAAACCAGAAGCCAUUCAUGAAUGUGAUUGCACUUUAGUUUGCACAUUUAAAUGUUCAGAUAUUAGGAUUUGACUGAGGCAAAAAUAACAUGCUUUUUCUCUCAAAAAUAUUGUUAUAAUCAUUUGUUUCGGAUGUUCUGUAAUUAUUUUCUGUAUAAAAAUUAAUUUGGUGUUCAAAAAGUCUUUUUUCAAACUUGAGUCUUGAAAAAGAGGGGGUCGUCCCAUAAUCAGGGCCGUCUUAUAUUCGGGCCAAUACGGUAAUUAUACAUUAAAAUAACAUUAAAUCAUCAAGAGAAUUUAAAAAAAAAAAACCUGAAAUCGGAAAUGGAAAUAACAAUAAUAAAAAGAAUAAAAAGCAAAUCAUUUGAAAUAUAAAGACAGUUAUGAAUAGGGGUUUGACAAAAUAUCGAAAUGGUGAUAGAUCGUGAUACUUUGUAUCACAAAAGGGUAUCGAUAUGCUCCUGCCAUGAAUCUAGAUAUCGUUUUAAAAAGGUGUCAAUGUCUAAAAAUAAAAAAAAAAAGGAACCAACAAGUUGCUACCAACUUGUUCAUUCGCUGCCACCCUCCCAGUUCAAAUGGAUUGGACAUCUACUAGUGAUAAAGUCAUUCCAAUUCACAGCAGAAGCUUGUUGACCCAGAUAGUGUUAUUCUGUUUUGUUUUUUUUUGUUUUUUUUUGAAUGGGAUUUCUUCGGCGCGCCAUACAGCCCGAACCGUUUGACCCGCGCCGUAGAUCACGCGACGUCGGGAAUUUUUCGAGCGAGCCCGAAAAAUUUUCCAUUCGCUCGUAAAAGCUGAUUUUAAAAAAGAACAACAACAAAUUUUCAAAAUGUAUCUAGCCCUACAAUUUUUGACCAAAUCACAUAAUUUGGACAUUAAAAAUUCCGGGACAGUGAGGGGCAUAAAAUUUGUAUACAGAAUUUGGAAAACAUUUGUGGUUCCCCGGAAAUUUGCCAAAAUUUUCCCAUUCAUUUAAAAUGGGAUGCAACGUUCAAAUUUCCCCAAUUUUCUCAAUGGAAUUUCCAAUGAAAUUUACACUGCAUUGAUGCCAUUGACAGCCUUGUAUGUCGGAUCUAUUGAUGCCAAUGUACUCAGAUUCCAUUGAGGCAUAUGUAAGUUGAAGCCAUUGACGGCCAUGGAUGUCCAAAUUUCCAAUGGCAUUAACUUUGCAUUGAGGCAUACUUAUACAGAUGCCAUUGACGGCCAUGUAUGUAAUUUCUACUGAUGCCAAUGUACUUGGAUUCCAUUGACGCAUAUGGAUGUCGAUGCCAUUGACGGCCAUGGACGUCCAAAUUUUUUCCCACUCAUUUUCAAUUGCAAAAAAUCCAAUGUCCCCAAAUCAAAAGGAAAUGACCAGAUAUAAAUACGACAUGUCCCCCAAAUGUCCCCGAUUACAUUGACGCUCAUAAUUACGACGGUCUUAUGACAGUCUUAUGAUGCCGCUAUCAAAUGUUACCGAUUAAUACCUUUUGGUGUAAAUAUCCCAUAGUACAGCUGCGGCUUAGUCGGGUGCAGCUUAUCUAUACAUAAAUACAGUUUUCGUGUCAGAUUUGGUGGUUGCGGCCUAUAGUCAGAUGCACCUUAUAGUCCGAAAAUUACGGUAUAGGUAUAUAUAAAAGCUUUUUUAAUUAUACUUUGGGAAAAAACAUGUCUUAUAUGUAUCUCUUUCAAAUGUUAAAUCUGAAUGAAUUAGGGCUGUCAAACAAUUAAAAUUUUUAAUCGAGUUAAUCACAGCUUAAAAAUUAAUUAAUCGUAAUUAAUCGCAAUUCAAACCAUCUAUAAAAUAUGCCAUAUUUUUCUGUAAAUUAUUGUUGGAAUGGAAACAUAAGACACAAGACGGAUAUAUACAUUCAACAUACUGUACAUAAGUACUGUAUUUGUUUAUUAUAACAAUAAAUCAACAAGAUGGCAUUAACAUUAUUAACUCUUAAAGCGAUCCAUGGAUAGAAAGACUUGUAGUUCUUAAAAGAUAAAUGUUAGUACAAGUUAUAGAAAUUUUGUAUUAAAACCCCUCGUAAUGUUUUCGUUUUAAUCAAAUUUGUAAAACUUUCAAUCAAAAAAUAAACUAGUAGCUCGCCAUUGUUGAUGUCAAUAAUUACACCAUGCUCACUCAUGGUACUAAGUACUAACCCAUAAAAUCAGUUGGACCCAAGCGCUAGCAGAGGGCGACAAAACACCCAAAAACACAAGUAACAAGUGCACAUGACACUGUGCUGUCAUUUUAAUCUGUUUGAGCGGGACAUGUGCGUUAAAUGCGUCAAAUAUUUUAAUGUGAUUAAUUUAAAAAAUUAAUUACCGCCCCUUAACGCGAUAAUUUUGACAGCCCUAGAAUGAAUACAUUGAACACAGCAAAAAUAAAUAAAUUUGGUGAGGGAGGCUGCUUCGCAGUUUUUCACUUAUCGUGGCAGGUUCUGGUCCCCGUUAACUGCAAAAAACAAGGAAUCACUGUACUCGAGCCUAAAGCAACCAUAACUGUGUUGUUGUCGUACUUUGAUUAGUUUACAUCUGAUGUUAAAGUAAACGUGGUGAUCAUCUUUCAUGAUUUGGACCACUAUUGCACAAAAACUGGACCGAAAGCUAUGAAACAUUAAAUGUUGCAAGAUGACCCCCAAGAAAUGGUAUUAGCCCACUUUAGUUCUCAGUGGUUGACAUUCUGUUCAUUCCAAAAAUGAUGUGCACCAACAUGAAUGGCAAUUUAGAAGCAUUUUAUUUAAAAAAAAAUGAUGCACAAAGACAAAUUUUUUCCUUUAAAAUAAAUUGCAAAUUCUUAUGACUUUUAUCGUAUAAACUGUUGAUUAAUAAGAUAAAUUGUGAUUUUUUUUUUUUUUUUGUUAAAAGAUUACUAUUCAUCAAAAAUCCAACCACUAUUUACAUCGUGUUAUAAUUACUUUUAUUAAAAUCAGGGUUUUAAGUGCAGCAUUUUUGAGACACGUGCAUCACUUUUUUUGGGCUGAAAUGUGCUAAAUUGGCUUUGUUUUCAUGUUGUACAAUCAAAUCAAGGUGACUCUUUCCUAACCUUGAAAAUGUCAUGACUGGAUAUGAAUUGUAUUUUGUAAACAUUAUUCCUACUACUGCAUUUAUCAAAUGUAUGUUAUUUAACCACUGAAAUUAUUUUUGUUUUCAUCUCAGAGCAACAACAAAUAUCCUAACUGUACAGGUUUCCCCCCCCUCCCUCCAAAAACUGUUUCGUUUUGUACUGAAGUCACACGACUAGAUGAUUAUUAAUAUUGUACAUAAUGUUCAAACCUUUGGCACGUGCUCUACAACUUGAAUGUUAUUUUAUAACUUAUAGAUUCAUUUGUGUGUUUGUGUGUAUAUUUAAUGAAGCCAAAUGCAGCCAGGGGCAACUUUGUUUGGAAAAGUCCCCUUGGCACGUACAAGUAUUUUGACAUUGACAGCUUUUGCUGCAGUCUCAGUGAUGACACACACUCGACUUGAUUUAUGAUCACAAUUUUGUGAUGACAAACAUCCUCUCUCUGGUUCAUCUCUUGCUUUUUUUGCCCAACCACUUUCAACAAACUGGAAUAACUCGGCAUGCUCUACGGUGGCUAACUUUGACCAGUAAUGCAUUUUAGUUAUCUGUGCACUCACUGCAAAUUAACAUUUGUUUUAGGAGAUGUUCUAUUUCCAGUAUGAUGAAAUAAAUAUUUACAAUACAACAAUAGAAUUGGUUUAUUUUUUG